CUCGAGGACGCGCGGGGCGGCGGCGGCGGCGGCGGCGGCAGGGGAGCCGGGCUGCCGGGCGGGCGCGCUCUCGAGGGCGGCGGCCCAGUGUGUCCGGUCGGUGGCGGCGCGGGGAGAGGUGGAGGCGCGGCCCGCGGCGGCGGUGGCGGCGGCGGCGGCGGCGGCGGCAGCUGGCGACCGGGCGCGUUAGACGGGGCCGGGGUCCGCGGCGCGCUCUCCGCCCACAGAAAUGAGCCGUCAGACUGCUACAGCACUACCCACUGGCACCUCAAAGUGUCCACCAUCUCAGCGGGUGCCUGCCCUGACUGGCACAACUGCAUCCAACAAUGACUUGGCGAGUCUUUUUGAGUGUCCUGUCUGCUUUGACUAUGUGUUGCCCCCCAUUCUUCAGUGUCAGAGCGGCCAUCUUGUUUGUAGCAACUGUCGCCCCAAACUUACAUGUUGUCCCACCUGCCGGGGCCCGUUGGGAUCCAUUCGCAACUUGGCUAUGGAGAAAGUGGCCAAUUCAGUACUUUUCCCUUGUAAAUACGCCUCUUCUGGAUGUGAAAUAACUCUGCCGCACACAGAAAAGGCAGAGCACGAGGAGCUCUGUGAGUUCAGGCCUUACUCCUGCCCCUGCCCUGGUGCUUCCUGUAAGUGGCAAGGCUCCUUGGAUGCUGUCAUGCCCCAUCUGAUGCAUCAGCACAAGUCCAUUACAACCCUGCAAGGAGAAGAUAUAGUUUUCCUUGCCACAGACAUUAACCUUCCUGGUGCUGUUGACUGGGUGAUGAUGCAGUCUUGUUUUGGCUUUCAUUUCAUGUUAGUCUUGGAGAAACAAGAAAAAUACGAUGGUCACCAGCAGUUCUUCGCAAUUGUACAGCUGAUAGGAACACGCAAGCAAGCUGAAAAUUUUGCUUAUCGACUUGAGCUAAAUGGGCAUAGGCGGCGAUUGACUUGGGAAGCGACUCCUCGUUCUAUUCAUGAGGGAAUUGCAACAGCCAUUAUGAAUAGUGACUGCCUAGUGUUUGACACCAGCAUUGCACAGCUUUUUGCAGAAAAUGGCAAUUUAGGCAUCAAUGUAACUAUUUCCAUGUGUUGAAACGGCAAUCAAAUACUUCUGGCCAGUGUUUAAAAUUUACAUUUGACUUCACAGAGAAUAAGGCACCCAUCUGCUUGCCAACCUAAAACUCUCCUGGUAGGUAGAAGCUAGACACAUGAAGGUAAAUAAAAGAAAGGCUGUUAAUACAGGAAACAGUUGCAUGUAGUAACACUAAUAUAUUUAAAAAUAAUUCAACAGUAAACCACUGAAAAUAUAUAUAUAUACCCAAGAUGGGCAUCUUUUGUAUUAAGAAAGGAAACAUUGUAAAAUAUUUCUGAACUUUGUGUUUGUUGUAGAUUGAUUGUAUUGUUGACAACAGUUGUUGGGGGUGUGUGACUGUGCGCGCAUGCGUGCACGUGUAUGGUUGGUUUUCCUGUAACUGACAAGCCAUCUGCGUGGUCAUGUACCACUGCUUUCCCCUUGUGAGUCAAUACAUAGUGCUGCUGUGGGGUUUUUUUUUUUUUUGUUUGUUUGUUUGUUUUUGGUGUGUGUGUAUUUGCUAAUUUUUAUUCUAGUUUUUCAUUAAAUAAAUUUGACUUUCUUUUAUGUAA